CCUCUUCCACCAUUCACAGUUGUGUAUCGGUUGCCGGUGGGGCUGGGCCGUUGUUGAAUUUACAUUACAGUGACCGAUCAUGCUAUGUUAAACAACAGACUUCGCAUAGUGUGAUCCACCAUGGCUGAAACUGCCGAAGGGGCACCUCCAGUGCCCGAAAGCGUGGCAGUAGCUGACGUGGAAGAUGUUCUGAAGUAUCUACGAAAAGUGGUACCGGUGCUUCUUGAGGACGAUGACACCAUCCACCCCUCAUUUGAAAGUGCUCUUAUAGACAAAAACAACCACGAGGCAAUACGAAAGUUUAUUGCCGACUCUCAAAUAAAGUCGUUGCUCAUACAGCGAGCUUCGAGCAAAGAUGAAGAACUCGUGGGAGAAGGUGGAGGUGACGUGGAAGAAGAUACUGUCACAUACACCAUCUCCAGCGAAGUGCACUUUGCCAAUGCAAAGAUAAACAGCUUGGUGAUAAUCAAGAAGUAUGCCAUCAUCGAGGCCGACAAGAAGGUGGCCAGUCAAGUUCGUGUGAUGAAUCUGAAUGAUUCUUCACCCUACGAGACGCUUCAUUCCUAUGUCAGCAGUGCAGUCGCUCCGUACUUCAAGUCUUACAUCAAGGAAACUGGUCGUGCUGAACGGGAUGGGGACAAGAUGGCACCAACUGUCGAAAAGAAAAUUGCGGAGCUGGAGAUGGGCCUGCUUCACCUGCAACAGAACAUUGACAUUCCCGAGAUCACGCUUCCCGUGCACCCUUUGGUGGCAGCCACCAUAAAGAAGUGCGCGGAAGAAGGGAGGAGGGCCAACGUGUCCGACUUUGGAGAUCGUGUCGAGGACUCCAGCUUUCUGAACCAGCUUCAGAACGGAGUCAACCGAUGGAUCAGGGAGAUUCAAAAGGUGACUAAACUGGACAGGGACCCAUCCUCUGGCACCGCACUACAGGAGAUCAGCUUCUGGCUCAACCUGGAGAGGGCGCUGCUGAGGAUUCAAGAAAAGAGGGAGAGCUUAGAAGUGGCUUUGACUUUGGAUAUUCUCAAGAAGGGGAAGCGAUUUCACGCCACCGUGAGCUUCGAUACAGACACCGGCCUGAAGCAAGCACUGGCCACAGUGAACGACUACAACCCGCUCAUGAAAGACUUCCCCCUAAACGACCUUCUGGCGGCGACGGACCUGGACCGCGUCCGUCAGGCGCUCCAGGGGAUCUUUUCCCACCUCCGCAAGAUCCGCUCCACCAAGUACCCGAUCCAGCGAGCCCUGCGGCUCGUGGAGGCCAUAUCGAGGGACCUCAGCACGCAGCUCCUGCGCGUGUUGGGUACGCGGCGGCUGAUGCACGCGCCCUUCGACCACUUCGAGGUCGUCCUGGGUGCCUGCCAGGAAGUGUUCAACUCGUGGGACGAAGACUACGACAAGCUUCAGCAGCUGCUGCGCGACAUCGUCAAGAAGAAGAGGGAUGAGCACGUCAAGAUGGUGUGGAGAGUGAGCCCCGCUCACAAGAGGCUGCAGGCGCGGAUGGAACAGAUGCGCAAGUUCCGCCGGCAACACGAGCAGCUGCGGACUGUUAUUGUCCGCGUGCUUAGGCCCGUGGCGGCGCCACGCAGUCAUCAACAGGUGGGCAGCAGCACUCCCGAAGACCCGCCUGAGAUACCCGACGCUGCUGUCUUGGAUUCAGCUGACAUUAAUGCCAUUGAGGAAGUCAACCUGGCAUAUGAGAACGUAAAAGAAGUGGACGGUCUGGACAUUUCAAAAGAAGGAACGGAAGCCUGGGAGGCUGCUGUCAAACGCUAUGAGGAACGCAUUGAUCGUGUGGAGGCCCGCAUCACGGCACGGCUCCGCGACCAGCUGGGCACGGCCAAGAAUGCCAACGAGAUGUUCCGCAUCUUCUCCCGCUUCAAUGCGCUCUUCGUGCGUCCCCACAUCCGUGGUGCCAUUCGAGAGUACCAGACGCAGCUGAUGCAGCGCGUCAAGGACGACAUCGAGGCCCUCCAUGAGAAGUUCCGCGUGCAGUUUCAACAGAGCAGAGUCUCGCGGAUGAGCGAGGCGCGAGACAUCCCUCCUGUCUCUGGCUCCAUCAUUUGGGCAAAACAGAUCGAUCGCCAGCUGUCUGUGUACAUGAAACGUGUAGAAGACGUGCUGGGGAAAGGCUGGGAGAAUCACGUCGAAGGGCAGAAGCUGAAGAGCGACGCGGACAGUUUCCGCGCGAAGCUGAACACCCAGGGAAUCUUCGACGAGUGGUCACGAGCAGUGCAGCAGAGGCAAGUCGGAGUAACGGGACGCAUCUUCACAAUCGAGAGCUCCCGUUCUCGCACUGGCAAGGGCAACAUCCUCAAGCUGAAAGUGAACUUCCUGCCAGACAUCAUCACGCUCGCCAAGGAGGUGCGAAACUUGAAGUGGAUGGGAUUCAGAGUCCCCCUUGCCAUUGUCAACAAGGCCCACCAGGCCAACCAGCUCUAUCCAUUCGCGAUCUCCCUCAUCGAGAGUGUACGCACUUAUGAGCGUACAUGCGAGAAGGUUGAAGAAAGGCCGGCAAUAACGCUUCUUGUGGCUGGGCUGAAAAGGGAUGUUCAGAGCUGCAUUGCAGAAGGAAUUGGACUGAUCUGGGAAUCGUACAAGAUGGAUCCGUACGUCCAGAAGCUAGCAGAAAUGGUGUUCAACUUCCAAGAAAAGGUUGACGACUUGCUAGCUAUCGAACAACAGAUGGACAUUGACGUGCGUUCCCUGGAAUCCUGCGCCUACAGUACGACAACAUUUGCGGACAUUCUCAAUAAGAUUCAGCGUGCCGUCGACGAUCUCAGUUUGCGGCAGUACUCCAACCUGCACCUGUGGGUUAGCAAACUGGACGAAACGGUGGAAGCGAAACUGGCCACACGUCUCGAAGCAGGAAUUCAGGCCUGGACCAGAGCCCUGGAGGGAAAGAAGGACGCGGGCGAAGGUGACGGGGACGGUCUCCCGCAAACUCCCAUGGGGCCGGCGGGAGAUGGAAGCACACCGGUGGUACACCUGCUGGGAGGAGACCCCCAGAUUCAGACCCUGGUGCACGAGGUGCGCAUCACGAACCAGGAGAUGUACAUCAGCCCCAGCAUAGAAGAGUGCCGGUUGGGAUUGCUGCAACAGCUGUUCGCUUGGGAGAACGUUGUCCUGUCUCAGCAGAGAAUUCAGAGCACACGCUACCAGGUGGGACUAGAACGUCAAACAGCCCAGACGUACCGCAACCUGCUCACGGUGAUGCAAGAUGGCGCUGCCGUGCUCGAGAAGUGCUAUGGAGCGAUCGAGACGACCAUGCGUCAGAUGACGGACUACGUGAGGGAGUGGACUCGGUACCAGUCCCUGUGGGAUCUCCAACAGGAUGUGCUGUAUGCGCGUCUCGGCAGCGACAUAGCCACGUGGAUGAACACCCUCGUCGAGAUUAAGAAGUCUCGUACGACCUUCGACAUUUCGGACACGCACAAGAAGAUUGGCCCCAUCAUCAUUGACUAUGCCAAGGUUCAGUCAAAGGUGUCCCUGAAGUACGACUCCUGGCACAAGGAUGUCCUCGGCAAAUUUGGACAACUUCUCGGCACUGACAUGCAAGGAUUUCAUAACACUGUAUCAAAGUCACGCGGAGAACUUGAACAGCAAUCCAUCGACACGGCUAGCACCUCUGAUGCCGUCUCAUUCAUAACCUAUGUGCAGUCACUCAAGAAAAAAAUGAAAACUUGGGAAAAGCAAGUUGACCUUUACAGAGAAGGCCAACGUAUCCUGGAGCGGCAGCGAUUUCAGUUCCCCAAUUCGUGGCUGCACGUGGACAACAUUGAGGGCGAGUGGUCAGCAUUCAACGAAAUGAUGCAGCGCAAGGACGCCGCCAUUGCUGCCCAGGUGGCCAGCCUGCAGAUGAAAGUCGUCGCUGAGGACAAGACUGUCGAAGCACGCACCGCAGAGUUCCUCACAGAGUGGGAGAAGACGAAACCCGUGCAGGGCUCUUUGAAACCCUCCGAUGCAAUGAGCCAGCUGGCCCUCUUCGAAUCCAAGUUUGGCCGUCUCAAAGAAGAUAGAGACAACCUUGCUAAGGCCAAGGAAGCACUUGAACUGCAGGAGCCUGGUGUCGUCUCAGCGGGCGAUGAGAGGCUGCAGGUGGCAUUGGAAGAACUGCAGGACCUCAAAGGAGUGUGGUCGGAACUGUCAAAGAUCUGGGAACAGAUUGACCAGCUGAAGGAGAUGCCCUGGCUUUCUGUUCAAGCUCGAAAGCUGCGCCAACAACUGGAUGGAUUGCUCAACCAGCUCAAAGAGCUGCCGGCACGUCUGCGACAGUAUGCUUCAUUUGAAUAUGUCAAAAAGGUCCUCGUUGGUUACACAAAGGUGAACAUGAUGAUCGUUGAGCUCAAAUCGGACGCCCUGAAAGAGCGUCACUGGAAACAGCUGAUGAAGCAGCUGCGCGUGCGUUGGGUGCUCUCGGAGCUCACGCUGGGACUGGUUUGGGAUAUCGACCUGCAGAAGAACGAGUCCAUCGUAAAAGACGUCAUCCUCAUCGCUCAGGGCGAGAUGGCCCUGGAAGAGUUUCUCAAACAGGUGCGAGAAGCAUGGCAGACGUACGAACUCGACCUCGUGAACUACCAGAACAAGUGCCGUCUCAUCCGUGGCUGGGACGACCUCUUCAACAAGGUCAAGGAGCACAUCAACUCUGUGGCGGCCAUGAAGCUUUCGCCGUACUACAAGGAAUUUGAGGAAGAUGCUCUGGCCUGGGAAGAAAAACUGAACCGCAUCAACGCGUUGUUCGAUGUCUGGAUCGACGUGCAAAGGCGAUGGGUCUACCUCGAGGGCAUAUUUUCCGGCAGUGCCGACAUUCAAACUCUGCUGCCCAUGGAGACGUCCCGUUUCAUGAGUAUCAGCUCAGAGUUCCUGACUCUGAUGAAGAAAGUGAGCAAGUCUCCCUUGGUUCUGGACGUACUCAACAUUCAGGGAGUUCAGCGGUCGCUGGAGCGUUUGGCAGAUCUGCUCGGGAAGAUCCAAAAGGCCCUCGGAGAAUACUUGGAACGAGAGCGCUCUUCGUUUCCAAGGUUCUACUUUGUGGGAGACGAGGAUCUGCUGGAAAUCAUUGGCAACAGCAAGAAUGUACCAAGGCUCCAGAAGCACUUCAAGAAGAUGUUUGCUGGAGUGGCCUCUAUCAUCCUCAAUGAGGACAACACCCUGGUCCGAGGACUGUCCUCCAAAGAAGGCGAAGAAAUGUUGUUCAGCACCCCCGUGUCAAUCGCGGAGAAUCCCAAGAUCAACGAGUGGCUCACUCUGGUGGAGAAGGAGAUGCGCGUGACCUUGGCAAAGAACCUGGCCUCGGCAGUAGCGGAGAGCGCGCAGUUCAAGGAGGGCAACAUCAACCAGGCCGACUACAUGGCCUGGGCCGACAGGUACCAGAGCCAGAUAGUGGUACUGGCGGCACAGAUCUCAUGGUCCGAAGACGUAGAAGGAGCGUUGCAAGCCAUGGACAAGGCAGGAGGCAACGCAAAGCCCCUCGAGACUGUCCUUGCUUCUGUUGAGCGGACACUGAACGUACUUGCUGAUUCGGUGCUUCAGGAGCAGCCCCCGCUGCGACGCAGAAAACUCGAACAUUUGAUCACUGAGUUCGUGCACAAACGAGACGUAACCCGUUCCCUGAUCCGCAAUGAGGUGAAAGGCCCCAGGGACUUCCAGUGGCUGAGCCAGAUGCGGUUCUACUUCGAUCCACGGCAGGGCGAGGUGCUUCGUCAGUUGAGCAUCCACAUGGCCAACGCACGCUUCAGCUAUGGCUUCGAGUACCUCGGAGUUCAAGACAAGCUGGUGCAGACUCCUCUGACAGACCGUUGCUACCUUACAAUGACCCAGGCCCUCGAGUCGAGGCUCGGAGGGUCACCGUUCGGGCCUGCUGGUACUGGGAAGACUGAAUCAGUGAAGGCCCUGGGACACCAGUUGGGUCGCUUUGUCCUCGUAUUCAACUGUGACGAAACAUUUGACUUCCAGGCAAUGGGUCGUAUAUUUGUCGGCCUGUGUCAAGUGGGUGCCUGGGGCUGCUUCGACGAGUUCAAUCGGCUGGAAGAACGCAUGUUAUCUGCGGUCUCGCAGCAAGUGCAGAUGAUACAAGAAACCUUACGAAGUCGCGAAGGAGGAAAAGGUACGGUUCGUCGAGCUCUUGUUUCUCGGCUUCCUGCGAGGCUCGUCUCGUAUUCUUCCGCAGAACAAUUAACCGUGGAGCUGAUUGGGAAGCAAGUGCGCCUCAACCCGGACAUGGCCAUCUUCAUCACGAUGAACCCGGGCUAUGCCGGUCGUUCGAACCUUCCCGAUAACCUCAAGAAGCUCUUCCGCUCGCUGGCCAUGACGACGCCUGACCGGCAGCUCAUCGCUCAAGUUAUGCUCUUCUCUCAGGGAUUCCGCACUGCGGAGAAACUGGCAUCCAAGAUCGUGCCUUUCUUCAAGCUGUGCAACGAGCAACUUUCCAACCAAUCCCACUACGACUUUGGUCUGCGUGCGCUCAAGAGCGUGCUCGUGAGCGCCGGUAACAUAAAGCGCGACCGCAUCCAGAAAAUCAAGGACGACCUCAAGGAGCAAGGAUCGGAGACAGUCGACGAAGGCACCAUUGCCGAGCACCUACCGGAACAAGAGAUCCUGAUCCAGAGUGUGUGUGAGACCAUGGUUCCAAAACUUGUGGCCGAAGAUAUUCCGCUGCUCUUCUCUCUCCUGUCAGAUGUGUUCCCGGGAGUUUCGUACACGCGCGCCGAGAUGAAGAACCUCAAGGAGCACAUUGGCAAGGUGUGCCAGGAAAUGUACCUCGUCUCCGGCGAAGGAGAAGAGCAAGGAGGGGCCUGGAUGGAGAAGGUACUGCAGCUGUACCAGAUCUCCCAGCUCAACCAUGGCCUAAUGAUGGUUGGUCCGAGCGGUAGUGGCAAGUCCACUGCGUGGAAAGUUCUCCUCAAGGCUCUCGAACGUCUGGAAGGCAUCGAAGGAGUGGCCCACGUUAUUGAUCCCAAAGCCAUUUCCAAGGAAGCCUUAUACGGUGUCCUGGACCCAAAUACUCGAGAAUGGACAGACGGUCUCUUCACGCACGUCCUGAGGAAGAUCAUCGACAAUGUCCGCGGCGAGAUCAACAAACGACAGUGGAUCAUCUUCGACGGAGACGUCGAUCCAGAAUGGGUCGAGAAUCUCAACAGUGUCCUGGAUGACAACAAGCUCUUGACCCUUCCCAACGGUGAACGGUUGAGCUUGCCCCCGAACGUGAGGGUGAUGUUCGAAGUGCAAGACCUGAAAUUUGCGACCCUCGCAACCGUGUCGCGCUGUGGCAUGAUCUGGUUCAGCGAAGACGUGCUCUCCACGGAGAUGGUCUUUGAGCACUUCUUGCUGAAGCUUCGCAACAUUCCAUUGGAAGAGUCCGAAGAGGAACCUUUCCACCGCAAGAAGGAUUCAAAAGAGGAUGCUCUCUCACCCACACUACAGGUCCAACGCGACGUGGCCGCAGUCCUGCAGCCGUUCUUCGGCAGCGAAGGACUCGUAGUGCGUGCGUUAGAGUGGGCGGCGCGGCAGGAGCAUGUGAUGGACUUCACCCGGUUCCGUGCCCUGGGAUCUCUCUUCUCCAUGCUCAACCAGUCUGCGCACAAUGUGCUGCAUUACAAUCAUUCCCACGUAGACUUUCCCAUGCAGCAAGAUCAUCUGGAAAAAUACAUCCCAAAAUGCCUGGUGUAUGCCCUGCUUUGGUCGUUUGCUGGCGACGGCCGCUUGAAGAUCCGUUCAGAGCUCGGGGACUUCAUUCGUAGCGUAGCAACGGUCCCCUUGCCGCCCAACACCGGUCUGCCAAUCAUCGACUAUGAAGUGUCCAUCGCAAAUGGGGAAUGGGUACCCUGGCAGAGUAAAGUACCCGUGGUCGAGGUUGAGACUCACAAGGUUGCCGCACCGGACGUUGUGGUGCCCACGGUGGACACCGUGCGCCACGAAGCGCUCCUGUACACCUGGCUCGCGGAACAUCGACCGCUCGUGCUCUGCGGCCCUCCCGGCUCCGGCAAAACCAUGACCCUCUUCUCGGCCCUCCGGUCCCUACCAGACAUGGAGGUUGUUGGCCUCAACUUCUCCAGUGCCACCACUCCAGAGCUGUUACUGAAGACAUUUGACCAUUACUGCGAAUAUCGGCGGACACCAAACGGUGUCGUCCUGUCUCCCAUCCAGUUGGGCAAGUGGCUUGUGCUCUUCUGCGAUGAAAUCAACUUACCCGACAUGGAUAAAUACGGAACCCAACGCGUGAUUUCAUUCCUGCGUCAGCUGGUGGAGCACGGGGGCUUCUACCGCACGACGGAUCACACGUGGGUCCGCUUGGAGCGCAUCCAGUUUGUCGGAGCAUGCAAUCCACCGACGGACCCUGGCAGAAAGCCACUCUCAUACAGGUUCCUCCGACACGUCCCAGUCGUGUACGUAGACUACCCAGGUGCGACGUCGCUGAAGCAGAUUUACGGAACAUUCAACCGCGCCAUGUUGCGCAUGGUUCCGUCGCUGAGGCCCUACGCCGAACCCCUCACCGCGGCGAUGGUGGAAUUUUACCUCAUGUCCCAAGAACGCUUCACGCAAGACAUGCAACCUCACUACGUAUACAGUCCUCGAGAACUGACCCGCUGGGUGCGGGGCAUCUGUGAGGCUCUCCGACCCCUCGAGACGCUCCCUGUCGAGGGCCUCGUCCGUAUGUGGGCGCACGAGGGAUUGCGCCUCUUCCAGGACAGACUGGUAGAAGACGAAGAACGGGCCUGGACGGACGAGCACAUCGACUCUGUCGGCCUCAAGCACUUCCCGAAUAUUGAUAAAGAGAGCGCACUUGGCAGGCCAAUCUUGUACAGCAAUUGGCUCUCCAAAGACUAUGUGCCCGUUAAACAGGACGAGCUCAGAGACUAUGUUAAGGCUCGACUCAAGAUUUUCUACGAAGAAGAACUGGACGUGCAGCUCGUGUUAUUCAACGAAGUGCUUGAUCAUGUUCUGCGGAUCGACAGGAUAUUCCGCCAACCGCAGGGUCAUUUACUGCUAAUUGGCGUAAGCGGUGCCGGCAAGACCACGUUGUCGCGCUUUGUCGCCUGGAUGAAUGGCCUGAGGGUCUUCCAGAUUAAGGUUCACAACAAAUACACGGCUGCGGACUUUGAUGAAGACCUGAGGUCCGUUCUCAGGAGGUCCGGCUGCAAGGGAGAAAAAAUCUGCUUUGUACUGGACGAAGGCAACGUGUUGGACUCGUCCUUCCUGGAGCGCAUGAACACCCUCCUUGCCAACGGCGAGGUUCCGGGACUCUUCGAAGGCGACGAGUACACGACACUCAUGACUCAGUGUAAGGAAGGUUCGCAGAGGGAGGGACUCAUGCUGGAUUCAAACGAAGAACUCUACAAGUGGUUCACGGGACAGGUGAUGCGAAACUUGCACGUCGUGUUCACGAUGAACCCUUCUUCGGAAGGCUUGAAAGACAGGGCUGCAACAUCUCCUGCACUUUUCAACAGGUGCGUCCUGAACUGGUUUGGCGAUUGGUCCGAUGAUGCGCUCUUCCAGGUUGGAAAGGAGUUCACUUCAAAGUUGGACGUUGACCGUUCCAACUACCGCGUGCCUUCGGACAACUUCCCAGCCGUCGUUUCCGGACUGCGCAUGCCUCCGAGCCACCGCGGAGCGCUCGUCAACGCCUUCGUGUACGUUCACCAAACGCUUCACCGUGCAAGCAGCCGCCUGGCGAAGCGAGGGGCUCGCUCCAUUACCAUAACUCCCCGUCACUACCUUGACUUCAUCAACCAUUACGUGAAGUUGUUCAACGAAAAGCGCUCCGAGCUGGAAGAACAGCAGCUCCACCUCAACGUUGGUCUCCAGAAGAUCCGUGAGACGGUCGAGCAGGUGGAAGAACUGCAGAAGUCUCUAGCGCUCAAGUCUCGGGAGCUGGAGGCGAAAAACCUGGCUGCAAAUGCCAAGCUGAAGGAGAUGUUGCACGACCAGCAAGAGGCUGAAAAGAAGAAAGUGCAGUCGCACGAAAUUCAGGCGCAGUUACGAAAACAAGAGGAAGUGAUUGCCGAAAAACGGUCAAGCGUCAUGGCCGACCUGGCGCAGGUAGAACCUGCUGUGAUCGAAGCUCAGCAAGCUGUGAAAUCAAUCAAAAAGCAGCAUCUAGUGGAAGUACGGUCGAUGGCGAACCCGCCAUUCGCGGUGAAACUGGCGCUCGAAUCCAUCUGCCUCCUGCUCGGAGAAGCCGCGUCAGACUGGAAGGCCAUCCGGUCGGUCAUCAUCCGCGACAACUUCAUCAACACCAUUGUCAAUUUCAGCACAGAUGAUGUCUCAGACGACAUUCGAAACAAGAUGAAGAGCAAGUACCUGACUAGCCCAGAGUACAAUUUUGAGAAGGUGAACAGGGCCAGCAAUGCGUGUGGACCUAUGGUGAAGUGGGCUAUUGCGCAGAUCAACUAUGCAGACAUGCUGAAACGCGUGGAGCCACUCCGCAACGAGCUCAACAACCUGGAAUCCGAAGCAGAUGAAAACAUGCGGAAGGCAGAGGACAUAGACGCUGUCAUUGAGCAGCUUGAGAAAAGCAUUGCCUCUUACAAAGAAGAGUAUGCCAACUUGGUCUCUCAAGCGCAAGCCAUCAAGACUGAUUUGGCCAAUGUCCAGGCGAAGGUGGACCGCAGUAUCGCCCUGCUGAGCAGCCUGAGCUCCGAGAAGCAGCGCUGGGAGGACUCUAGCGAAACUUUCAAGAACCAGAUGUCCACCAUGGCGGGUGACGUCCUCCUCGGCUCUGCUUUCUUGGCGUACGCUGGCUACUUUGACCAGCAGUAUCGGCACAACCUGUUCCACAACUGGUGCUCCCACCUCCAACAGGCGGGCAUCCAUUUUCGACUGGAUUUGGCUCGCACAGAGUAUCUAUCCACGGCGGAUGAACGGCUGCGCUGGCAAGCUAACGCCCUUCCGACGGAUGACCUGUGCACGGAGAACGCCAUCAUGCUCAAGAGGUUCAACCGGUACCCCCUAAUCAUCGAUCCUUCGGGCCAGGCCACUCGGUACAUCCUCAACGAGUUCCGGGAACGAAAGAUCACUAAGACGAGUUUCCUUGAUGACUCCUUCCGGAAGAACCUUGAGAGCGCGCUCCGUUUUGGAAACCCUCUACUUGUGCAGGAUGUUGAGAGCUACGACCCCAUCUUGAACCCCGUCCUGAAUCGUGAAGUUCGGAAGACGGGCGGCCGAGUGCUGAUAACCCUGGGCGAUCAGGAUAUCGAUCUUUCGCCCACCUUCUGCAUCUUCCUCUCGACGAGAGACCCAACUGUUGAGUUCCCCCCUGACCUUUGCUCCCGUGUGACCUUUGUCAACUUUACCGUGACGCGGAGCAGCUUGCAGAGCCAGUGUUUGAACCAGGUCCUCAAGGCAGAGAGAGAAGACAUCGAUGAGAAACGUUCCGACCUCCUAAAGUUGCAAGGUGAAUUCCAUGUCCGCCUGCGUCAGUUGGAAAAAUCUCUGCUGCAAGCUCUUAAUGAUGCAAAGGGAAGAAUUUUGGAUGACGACAGCGUUAUCGGCACGCUCGAGAAACUGAAGAACGAAGCCGCAGAAAUAUCUCGCAAAGUCGAAGAGACAGACAAGGUUAUGGAGGAAGUUGAGACGGUGUCGCUUCAGUACCAGCCAUUGGCUCAGGCAUGCAGUAGCAUUUACUUCACGCUGGAAGGCUUGCACCAGGCCCACUUCUUGUACCAGUACUCUCUGCACUUCUUCCUCGAGAUCUACAGCGACGUCCUCACGAGCAACCCUCACCUCACGGGCGUGAUGGAACACACUGCCCGCCUCAACGUUAUAACCAAGGAUCUAUUCCAGGUUGUGUACGAUAGGGUGACUCGUGGCAUGCUACACGAGGACAAGUUGGCCUUUGCACUUCUGUUGUGCAGGAUUCAUCUGCGAGGUUUCUCACAGGAACCCAACUUCGAACACGAGUUCCACCACUUUUUGAGAGGCAAGGAAGGAAUCCUGCCAGGCCAGCCGACCAUUCACAAAGAGGGACUCUCUCCCGAGCAGUUGGAAGGCGCAACAGCUCUGUCUCGACUGCCGGCAUUCCAAAACCUACAGAAGAAGCUGGACGAAAAUCAGGACUUCACGAACUGGGUCGAAAGCAGUGCUCCCGAACGAGCCGUUCCAGAACUGUGGGAGGAAGGUUCCAAGGCUAUGACCCAUGUGGGCACAGCCAUGCACCAGCUGCUCCUCAUCCAGGCGUUCCGGCCCGACCGCAUUAUCGCGCAGGGACACCAAGUCGUCUCCACGGUGUUGGGCCACGAAUUCAUGACCAGCGCAGAGACGGAGCUGGAUCUAGCGGCCAUUGUGGACAAUGAGAUCAAGGCAAACACACCCAUCCUUAUGUGUUCCGUGCCCGGCUAUGACGCCAGUGGUCGUGUGGACGACCUGGCUACGGAAUUGGGAAGAAGCAUCACUUCCUUGGCGAUGGGCUCGGCCGAAGGGUUCAGCCAGGCUGAAAAGGCUAUCAAUUCAGCUUCUAAGAACGGACGCUGGGUGAUGCUGAAGAACGUUCACCUAGCACCCCAAUGGCUGGUGCAGCUAGAAAAGAAGCUUCACGCUUUACAACCCCACCCAGGAUUCCGCCUCUUCCUCACCCUCGAGGUUCAUCCCAAGGUUCCAGUGAACCUACUGCGUGCUGGCCGCGUCUUCGUCUUUGAACCUCCGCCGGGAAUUCGCGCCAAUCUGCUUCGAACCUUCUCGACGGUGCCAGCCCAGCGAAUGAUGAAGGCUCCUGGGGAGCGUGCACGUCUCUACUUCCUCCUCGCCUGGUUCCACGCUAUGGUCCAGGAACGACUCCGUUACUGCCCAUUGGGUUGGGCCAAGCACUAUGAGUUCAACGAGUCCGACUUGCGUGUUGCCUGCGACACGCUAGACACCUGGAUAGACACCAUCGCUAUGGGACGCACAAAUCUUCCGCCAGAAAAGGUGCCGUGGAACGCGCUGAGGAUUUUGUUCGGACAGUGCAUUUACGGCGGAAAGAUCGACAACGACUUUGACCAGCGGCUGUUGAACUCCUUCCUCAACAAGCUCUUCACGGAAGAGAGUUUCAACCCGGACUUCAUGUUGGUGUCACCCGGUGUCGACGGGACACCCGAGAAGGGCAUCAUCAUGCCAGAGGGCAUCAGGCGUGACCAGUUCCUCCACUGGGUUGAAUCCCUGACGGAACGUCAGACACCAGCUUGGCUUGGUCUUCCUAACAAUGCAGAAAAGGUGCUCCUAACAAACAGAGGCAGUGACCUCAUAGCAAAGUUGCUGAAGAUGCAGCUCCUAGAGGACGACGACGAACCAGCGUACGUCGCCACCGAGGACGAGAGCGGCGCCUCUCUCCGACCAGCAGGAGAUGGAAGACCGGCCUGGAUGGCUGCUCUGCAACAGAGCGGCUCAACCUGGCUGCGUCUGCUGCCACAGAGCCUGGCAACACUGCGCAGGACGAAAGACAACAUCGGCGACCCGCUCUACCGUUGUCUGGAAAGAGAAGUCAGCGUCGGAGCAGCUCUCCUACGCGUCGUGCGAUCGGACCUCGAAGACGUCGUCCGCAUCUGCCGCGGAGAGAAAAGGCAGACAAACUACCACAGGACCGUCAUUGCGGACUUGGCCAAGGGAAUGUUACCUGCCCACUGGAAGAAGUACACUGUCUCUGUAGGGUGCACUGUCAUCCAGUGGGUGACGGACUUCUCGGAUCGCGUCAAACAGCUGCACAAGGUGUCCCAGUCGUGCACUUCGGGAGGAGCAGCCGCUCUCAAGGCUCUCCACGUCUGGCUCGGAGGCCUGUUCAAUCCAGAGGCAUACAUCACUGCCACAAGACAGUACGUGGCCCAAGCCAAUGGUUGGUCGCUCGAGGAACUCAAGCUCGAGGUGUCGGUGGCCAAUCCAAACGACAAGCCGACAUCUAUGGACGAGUGCAGCUUCGCUCUGGCUGGGCUCAAACUGCAGGGAGCCAAAUGUGUGGAUAGUAAGCUGUCCCUGACUUCGACCAUCUUCACAGAGUUGCCCCUGACAAUAAUCAGAUGGGUCAAGGUGCAGACUGAACAGCCUCAAUGGACAAUGGUAACCCUUCCGGUGUACCUCAACUCCAGCCGUGCCGACCUCCUCUUCACCGUCGACCUCCCGGCUUCGGACGUGCGGGAAGCGCACAGCUUCUACGAGCGCGGCGUCGCGCUCCUGUGCUCGACGACCUUGGGCUGAGAUUCGUAACCGACAGGAAACUCUGUAAAGCUUUUUGUUCUUUCCCUACCCUGGACCGAUACUGCUGCUCUUAGUUCUUUGCUAGUUAUUUAAAUUAAGAAGUCGCCUAUAUCAAGUGGCUGGGGAGGACUUUGCAGCUUUUUGGAUUGCAGCUUUAUACGAAUGAGAAAUGUAUAUUUAAUUGUGAAUGGAAUAAAUGUUGCAAGUUUGCUUUGUCA